AUGGAGGUCCUGAAUGCUGCUGGACCAAGUGCUGAUGAAUCUCCAUGUGGCUGCUGUUAUGUCGUCGCUUGGACUGGCUGUGUGCUUUGUGGUGUCCAUCUCAUUGUUAUUGGAGGAUUUCUGCAAUUACUCGCCGGAUUUAUGUCUUAUCGACGUAACGAUCACUUGACAGGAUCUGCUUUCAUUGUCUUUGCCUCUCUUUGGACAAUUCAGGGUAUCAACCACAUAAUGAUGACUUCAUUGCCACAAACAGCAAUGCAAUACGGAGUUCUACCCGGAAUGAUUGGCUUCAUGGCUCUGUCUGUCGUACUCAGCAUGUGUGCAGCAACAGUAAACUAUAUCAUGCCUCCAGUUCUGGUUGCUAUCAUGAUAGCUUUAAUUUUCGAGGGCGUCGGUUUAUUUUUCCUCUGGGGCAGGCGUGUAGCUGCUGCAUUCGAAAUCAUUAUUGCUUUAUCUGGAAUUUACGGCGUUGUUGUAAUGACACUGAAAGGAGUAAGUCAAAGAUAUAUUUUACCUGGUUUCGGAAAUGCUCCUUACGACGUGCUUCUAGUUCGAACCAAAGCACCGAAAUCGAAACAAAACGAAAAAAAGAAAAACACAAAAUAUGCUGAACCAAUGGGGAUGGGGUUUAUCGGUAAUGUGGUUCCUGCCACAGUGUUCGCCUUUUAUCAUUUUGGUUUCUUCACCGAUUUUCGUCCAGCAAUUCCAAUGUUCUUAAAUAGUUUAUUUUGCCACCUAUGCGCCAGUUAUUAUUCGUUUCUACGCCAAGACUUCUUCAAUGCAAUUCUAUACAUCAUUUAUACAGUAUUCUGGACAUCAAAAGGCAUUACUGAACUUCUGAUAACGAUGGAUUUCGCUGGUAUAGAAACACUUCGCACUAAUUUCUAUGGACAGUGGGCUCUGUUAGUAAUUAUGCUGAUCUUGUUGGUGUGUUCCAUGUGCCAGACUAAAAUCCUUUAUUUAUACAACUUACUCUUCACUUUACUGAUUGUUCUUUCUCUUGAUCACAUACCGAUACCCGUUUACAACUUCACAUUCGGAGUUCCUUGCUGUUUAAUUGCCAUUUUUAGUCUUUUUAUGUCUACCUCUUAUCUGAUUAACUCGAUCGCCGAAAAAACUGUCCUCUACGUUGGUGCAGAAGUCUGUGACGUUGAAAAGCUGCGUCGUCUUUUCGAGAGACUAACAGCUUGCACAAGGAGUGUUGGUGCCAAAGUAAAGUAUUAUGAUGAAAGUCUUGCUCCCGGCGAGGUUGUCGAAACACUUUGCUUUCUUGGCAACACAUCUUUGGCUUUUGUUCUCCGACCAGCAUCUCUCGCUGUAAUCACUCUACAUACUCUGGGUAUGUUCUUCGUUAUGUCAUUCCAUAAGAUAUGGAUCCCAUUUACUCUGUUCUUUGAACUCAACAUGAUAGCUUUCGUGAUCAGAUGCUUUGCUGUUAACCAGCCAUGGAUGAACUUCGUCACAGCUUUACUAGCAGGAAUUGUCUCACUCUAUGGAACCUUUGCUGGGAUGACAAAUGGAACAUUACAAGGUCAUCUUGUACCUUUGGGAGAUCCUAUAUUAAAAGCUAGCCAACCACCGGUUAGAUUAACCAAGUUAUGUCCAACAUUUACCUCAAAACGAACUUCUGCUAUACUAAAAGCCGCCAAAAUAUUAACUGAUGGAGGAAUAGUCGGUGUACCAACCGAUACAGUAUAUGCACUAGCAGCUUCUUGCAAGUUACCAAAUUCUAUUAAAAACAUCUACACAGUCAAAGAACGACCGUCUGAAAAACCAAUUUGCAUUUGUUUGUCAAAUCUAAAGCAACUGGAGGAAGCGAAACCCGAUUUCUGCGAUCUUCUUUGGGCUUUUAUGCGCUUGUGCUAUCCUGGUAAAAUAAGUUGUGUGGUACCAAAAGGCGAAUGGUUGCUAAAUCUAGGUCUUGGUGAUGCCACGGAGUAUAUUGGAAACAAAGAAAGUGUUUGUAUUCGGAUUCCUGACUCUUCGAUUUUGGCUUAUCUCACACAACUGACGGGUCCCGUCGCUUUGAGUUCGGCUAACCCAAGUGGCGGAGAAGACAGUAUACAUCAUGAUAUGGUUCUUGAAAGUCUAGGCCACAAGAUUGAUGGAAUGAUCUGUGAUGGAGAAUCUCGAGAAACUGCUCCGUCAACAGUUGUAAACUGUGUAAAUAUCAACAAAGGUGAAAUUUCCUUCUUCAGAAUUGGAUGUGCACCACAAGACCAUGUUGAAAAUCUGUUUGAAGAAGCCAAAAAAGAAAUCAACUUCAAACCACAAAUUAUUGUGGAAAAGAAUCUCAAAUAAUUUCAGUUUCUGAAAGAAAAUAACAUCCAGGAUUUAAUAAAUCUUCCAUUUUCGAAAAUUUCGGUAAAACAAUAAUUUUUUUUAAAUUAUGGAAGAUUUCCAUUAAGAAUCCAAACAUGAAACUGUUGCAACACAGUAACGCCAUACUUGUCCAAUUUUGUAAGCGGGGAUUUAAGUCUUCAUUUUCUUUUUAAAUUCCUUUACUGCCAUUUUUCCUCUACAUCUAAAUUACACUAUUUCCAGUCAACAAGCAAGCAGUCACUCAGCUUGCCACAAUGACAGCUCAAUCUCCUACCCGAGCUUCUUAAAAACUGUGGAUACACAACUAAUCUAGCAGUCACAUUCAAGUCUUACAUUGACUGUUUCUUCUCUUGAUAUCACCCUCAAUAAAAUAUACAAAAUCAAACACAAACUAAAAUGAAAAUGUAACAUUUACCAGCUGAGAGAUUCAAUCAAGAACAGCAAAGAUCCAAUCAACAAACAUAAAAAUUAAUUAUGUCAGCUGGAUGUUCCACAGUCUAUAUCAAUAUUUAAAUUUUAUCUUUGUCAAAGUAAACACUUUCUCAUGCAUAUUUAUUUCUGAAAUAGUUUGGGAUUUCUGGACUAUUUACCUCAUGUUUCAUAUUGUAUCUUAUAGAAAAUGACCAAAGAAUAGAACGAAAACAUUAGUAUAAUAUAGAAAUGCAAAGAAUGAAGUAAAUAGUCUGAACAUUUCAAACCUCUCAGACCUUUCCAUUAAAUAUCA